UGGGGCCACCGGGGAGGAGGAAGGCGACAAGGGGACGGGGCGGGCACACAGUGGGCGGGGCGUCAUACCACGCCCCCAAUGGGGCGGUCCCAAAACCGACCAAUCGCGGGCGGGAGCGCGGCGCGGCCCCGCCCCCGGCCAGGAUGGCGGCGCCCGGCCGCCACGUGGGUACGGGGGCCCGGCGGGUGGCGGCGGCGGGCGGGGGGAAGCAGGAAGCGAAAGAAGAAACGGAAGAGGACGCGGAAGAGGAUGCGGAAGAGGAUGCGGAAGAGGAAACGGAAGAGGAAACGGAAGAGGAAGCGGAAGAAAAAGAGGCCGGGGCGUUGCGGUCCGUGUUCCCUCGCGACCCCGCGCUCUUCGGCGAUGCAUUCCCGGUGCAGCGGCGGUACCGGCUCUGUGGGCGCGUCCUGCGCAUCGCGCAGCAUCACGGGCCGCGGCUGGGCCCGGCCGGCGCCGUCUGGGAGGCGCCCCCCCGUGCCCGCCAGGCCCUGUCCCCUGUGCCGGUUCCUGGGGGAGCAGCGCUUCGAUUUCCGGGGCCGGACGGUGAUUGAGCUCGGUGCCGGCACCGGCAUUGUUGGCAUCCUCGCUGCCUUGCUGGGAGGGGAUGUCACCAUCACGGACCAACCGGCGGCGUUGGACCAAAUCCAGGAAAACGUCCGGCUGAAUUUCCCGGCGGCGGCGGCGGCUCCGCAGGUGCGAGCGCUGGUGUGGGGCCGGGAUGAGGGCGCCUUCCCGGCAGGGUACGGGGUGAUCCUGGGCUCCGACAUCGUGUACCACCCGCCCUCCUUCGCCCCCCUCCUGCGCACCCUGCGCCACCUCUGCGGCCCCCGCUCCAUCGCCCUCCUCUCCGCCAAGAUGCGGGGGGGGGGGCGACGGGGACCCCCGGCGCUUCUUCCACCAGAUGUUGCCGCCACAUUCCACAUCCAGCUGUUGCAGCGGGAGCCAGAGGAGGAGAUAGAGAUCUAUGGGGUGACCUGCCGGACGGAUGGGGGGGGAGGGGGGGGCACCCCUGGUUUUGGUGUCCCCCAGCUGGGGGGGCCCUGAGGGGGAUUAAAGGCUCG